CCGGGAGGGCGAGCUGAUGUGAAGGUUGCACCCAGCAGCAGACAGGCUCCUUGCAGACGCAGUGCAGAGGUGCGGGCAGGUUGUGUGAUCCGAGCCCCAGCCAAAGGCCGACCUCCCCCCUCUCCCUCCUUCCUCCACUCACUCACUCCCUCCCUCUCUCCCUCUCUCUCACUCACCCUCCCCCGAGCGCUCGCCAGGGGGCCCCGAGGACACGGCGCCCCCCUGUAUCCCCCGCCGCUAGCCCCCCCGGGGGAGAUCGUAUCCGGCGGGGGGAGUCCCGGCCAUGACCGGCCUGGCCCAGCGCUGCCUCCCCGAGCCAGGAAAGUAGCUUGAUGAGUGUCCAAAGUAACAGUGGAAGUUUGGAGGGGGCGCCAUCUUGGUCCCAGCUCUCCACGUCCCCGACGCAGGGCUCGGCUUUGCUGCGGAAUAGCACGCCACCUGGCAAGGCCAAGGCAGGUGUCAUGGAUGAACUUCAGAGCUUGGAUCCAAGGAGGCAAGAAUUGUUGGAGGCUAGAUUUACAGGUGGUGUCAGCGGCAGCACUGGGAGUACUGGGAGUUGCAGUGUUGGGGCAAAGGCCUCAACAAACAAUGAGAGUUCAAACCACAGUUUUGGAAGCCUGGGUUCUUUAAGUGAUAAAGAGUCUGAGACUCCAGAAAAGAAGCAGCCAGACUGUUCAAGGGGAAGGAAAAGGAAAGCGGAAAAUCAAAGUGAAAGCAGUCAAGGCAAAAAUAAUGGGGGACGUGGCCACAAGAUUAGCGACUAUUUUGAGUACCAAGCUGGGAAUGGCUCCAGUCCUGUAAGAGGCUUACCGCCUUCGAUACGGUCUCCUCAGAACUCGCAUUCACAUUCCACUCCUUCCUCUUCUGUACGACAAAAUAGCCCUUCCCCGACUGCACUGGCUUUUGCGGACCAUCUUCUAACGCCAACAAAGCAGUUAUCGUAUAAAUUAAUACAGACGGAUCUCACAAUGCUGAAACUAGCUGCCCUUGAAAGUAAUAAAAACCAAGACUUGGAAAAAAAAGAAGGCAGAAUAGAUGACUUGCUCAGGACAAAUUGUGAUCUUAGACGGCAGAUAGAUGAGCAGCAAAAAGUUCUGGAAAAAUAUAAAGAGAGAUUAAAUAAAUGCAUCUCGAUGAGUAAGAAACUUCUUAUUGAAAAGAGCACCCAGGAGAAGCUGGCGAGCAGGGAGAAGAGCAUGCAGGACAGAUUGCGACUUGGACACUUCACAACUGUCCGGCACGGGGCUUCAUUUACUGAACAGUGGACAGAUGGCUUUGCUUUUCAAAACCUUGUCAAACAGCAGGAAUGGGUGAAUCAACAGAGAGAAGAUAUUGAGAGACAAAGAAAACUACUGGCCAAACGGAAACCGCCAACAACAAACAACUCUCAGACCCCUUCCGCCAAUUCUGAACCAAAGCAAAGGAAAAACAAGGCUGUAAAUGGGGCGGAAAAUGACCCCUUUUUAAGACCUAGUUUACCCCAAUUGUUGACGUUAGCUGAAUACCACGAGCAGGAAGAAAUUUUUAAGCUGCGGCUUGGACAUCUGAAGAAGGAAGAAGCAGAAAUUCAGGCAGAGUUGGAACGUUUAGAAAGGGUUCGAAAUCUUCACAUACGAGAACUUAAAAGGAUAAACAAUGAAGACAAUUCACAAUUUAAAGAUCACCCUACGUUGAAUGAACGUUAUUUAUUACUUCAUCUACUAGGUCGAGGUGGUUUUAGUGAAGUGUACAAGGCUUUUGAUCUUUAUGAACAGAGAUAUGCUGCUGUGAAAAUUCACCAACUUAACAAAAGCUGGAGGGACGAGAAGAAGGAGAACUACCACAAGCAUGCCUGCCGAGAGUAUAGAAUACACAAAGAGCUGGAUCAUCCCAGAAUAGUUAAGCUGUACGAUUACUUUUCCUUGGAUACAGACACGUUUUGUACAGUGCUAGAAUACUGUGAAGGCAAUGACCUUGACUUCUAUCUAAAACAACAUAAGUUAAUGUCAGAAAAAGAAGCUCGGUCUAUUGUAAUGCAAAUAGUCAAUGCACUACGUUACCUCAAUGAGAUCAAACCUCCCAUCAUCCACUAUGAUCUAAAGCCAGGAAACAUCCUUCUUGUUGAUGGGACAGCAUGUGGAGAGAUAAAAAUCACAGACUUUGGUCUGUCCAAAAUAAUGGAUGAUGACAGCUAUGGUGUGGAUGGCAUGGACCUUACCUCCCAAGGGGCAGGAACAUACUGGUAUCUCCCACCUGAAUGCUUUGUGGUGGGUAAGGAACCACCAAAGAUUUCUAAUAAAGUAGAUGUGUGGUCAGUUGGAGUCAUAUUUUUCCAGUGUCUUUAUGGACGGAAGCCAUUUGGGCACAAUCAGUCUCAGCAAGAUAUUUUACAAGAAAAUACAAUAUUAAAAGCCACAGAAGUUCAAUUUCCUGUGAAGCCUGUUGUAAGCAAUGAAGCCAAGGCCUUCAUAAGACGGUGUUUAGCAUACAGAAAGGAGGAUCGGUUUGAUGUUCAUCAGUUAGCGAAUGACCCGUACCUUCUCCCUCACAUGAGAAGAUCUAAUUCUUCAGGAAACCUGCACAUGUCUGGCCUAGUGGCAUCUCCGACACCCCCUCCAUCAAGCAUCGUUUCAUACUGAUAGUGAAAUAACGGCUGGCAUGAAUAUACGGCACUAGGCUUUCAGGGGCAAAACUUAGUUCAAAGACAAAAUAAAUUAAUUUAACAAAGAAGAAGAAAAUAGUUGUUGGGUUUUUUGUUUUUUUCAAUC